UGUAGGUGGCUGAACCUUCUGCUUCAGGGCCUUGCUGGGGCAGGUAUGGAGUGAGGAUGUGAUGCAACUGAGUUACUGGCCCAGCCCCAUCUUCUGCUUUCCCCCUGAAGUCUUUUUUAAUUCUGUACUGGCAGGGAAUAGGGAGUAAGUGUUCCCUGCAAUAAAAGCUGCACUUGCAGGACCUGCGGUAUUUUGACUCCCUCUAUCAGCCAGGAUAGUUUCAGCACCCCCUUUCCUACAUCCAGAAGUGAGAGAACAAUCACACCUAACAGAUUAGCCUCCACUGCUUCCCCAGGCACCCCCUUCUUGGCCAUUGUACCUCUCAACAAAUCUCACUGUCCUCAGGUUGCCCUCGAUUCUAAGAUGCCCAAGAACCCAGAUGCCUACAAGUAGAUCCACCUUCAAGUCCAUCCUCCACAGCACUUUACUGCCCAGAAGCUUAUUGGUGCUCUGGGACCCCACGGGACCCCAUGUUGAAGAGCCUGACCUUAGGUUGAGUCAGGAGUUUCCCUUGGGGCUGGGUAGCUGCCAUCAUUCGGAGCUUCCUCCAGUCUGAUCCUACUGCUAGAGGGUCUCCAUACUUGGAUACGUUGGAAUUGGUCAUUAACAGCUUGUUCUCUGCCGUGGUAGGAGUAUCUCCCCACCCAACCUAAUAGAAGAGGGCUGGCCUGGUGCAGUUGGGAAGGCCCUGGACUCAAAGGCAGAGGCCCUGGGUUGGAAACCCAGCUCUGCCAUCUCUGUUACUCUCUGCAUGACCUUGGGCAAGUCACAAGGUCUCUGGGUAUCAGUGGCCUCAUCUGUCAAAGGAAACCUUCCAGGGCUCUUCCAGUGUUAGAAAUCUGUUAUCUUAUGACCCUAUGGAAUUCACCUCAGGUACACAUUGGUCACAUUUGUCAAGUCCACCUUCUGGGGCAUCCACAUGUCAGGGAGGGGGAAUGGGAAGGGCCGGAAAUAGAGGGCCAGUGAUAUACUGGUCAUGAUGACUUUUUCCUAAGGAGCAGAAACCAUCUCUCCAUUGUUAUUUGUUGUAAACAUGUAGACAUCUUCCCUCUUCUCCCUCUCCCUUUGUCUGGUCAUUGGCUUGUUGAUAUUCUUAGUUCCCCUUCCACAUGUGGAUAUUGCCUUUAGUGAGCCAAUCACACAGCAUAGUUGGUGUGGGAGGCUGAAGGGAAUGUCCAGAGGUGAUUCAAGAAAGGGGACCAUGUUAGAUUGCCCAGUCCUUUGCAAGACAGGGAAGCUAUCCCCUUCCCCCCACCAGAGAUGAGGAAGCAGCCGUGUCUCGUUGAGAAGUAAUCCUGCAGUACUUCAGUUGUCUUUCUCUAUCCCCCUCCCCAGUUCUCAUCCUAGAGUUACAUCUGCCUGAAGUCUUCAUAAAGAGACAAAAAACCACAAUUGGUCUUUCACACUGUAGGUGCCCUACAAAGACUCGGGAAAGGAUGAUGCGAAUAGGUGUAGUUGAAGCCUGUGGCUUCUCAGGGCGGGUCUGGACGAGACAGAAAUGAGGUAGAAUCUGGCUUCCAGAGUGGAGGAGGGGCAGGUUGUAGCCUUUAUUCCAAUCAGCCUUCCAAAAUCUCUUCUCCCCACCCCCCACCCCAAGCGAGCAGAAUUGCCCUCCUGUAGACAUUUGGCCACCACUAUACUGAACCUAGGUGAAAGGGUGGGGAUGGGCAGCUGUUACCUCAGCCAGUUGUGGCUGAAGAGAUUUGGGGGAGGGAGGGCAGGGUCCAGCCCUGCCCCAGGCCUUUUCGUUUCCAAUUUCUCUGUGUCAGCUGUGUUGCUCAGCUGUCCACUCUCCUCUAGCCCUGUCACUUAAGCUGUGACGCUGAAGGGAGAGGCUAGGACUGCACACAUCAGCUGGGGCGACGUGAGGACCAAGGGGGUUUGGGGGGUAAUAACCCCCCAGGCAAGAGGACAGAGAACUUCCUUUUGCAUUCCCAUCCAACGCCACCACCAAGCCUCCUAACCUGGCAUCCAUCCUCUUUCCUCCACUGGCUGGGCACUGACGUAGGGAACCCCAGACGCUUGCAGAAGAGCAGCAGCCCCGAGUUGAGGGGAGCUGGGAUCCUCUACCUGUCUACUCCAAAGUGAGAAUUUGGGGGAGGGGGAAAAGGAAUCCGGGGUCGUAUACUGCCUGUGGCCUUGAAGAAAAGAGCCAGUCUCUCGGAGUCUCUGACCCACCCCCAACUGAGAAGUCUGUCUUGGACCUUCUACGAAGAAAUCAAGGUAGCCGUCCUGUUGGUGUCUUCUGUAGGCCCACCUCUGUCAUCUCCCAGGCUGGGCCCUUUCACUGAGUCUUAUUGUUUAGGCUCCUUUGGUUAAUCUCUCAUUCUAGAAGAGGGGGCUAGAGACCCUCUUUGUGUGUCUCUCAGCUUAAGAGCCCUGCGGUUCUCUUCCCAACGCUCUAUUUGUCCUACCCUGCAAGGAUGACAGAAAAAGAGGUUCUGGAUUCCCCCAAAUCCUUCACAGCAGAAACACCAAAGAGUGGGCUACAGAGGCUGAAGCAGUUAUUCAGGAAGGAGACUAUAGAAAGAAAGGAGAUGGAGCUACCCCCUGAGCCCCAGGCCAAUGGGGAAGCAGUAGGGGCUCAAGGGGGACCCAUCUACUACAUCUAUGAGGAUGAUGAUGAGGAAGAAGAGGAGGAGGAGGAGAAGGAGCCACCCCCUGAACCCCCUAAGCCUGUCAAUGACAAACCCCACAAGUUCAAAGAUCAUUUUUUCAAGAAGCCCAAAUUCUGUGAUGUCUGUGCCAGAAUGAUUGUUCUUAACAACAAAUUUGGGCUACGAUGCAAGAACUGCAAAACCAAUAUCCAUGAACACUGCCAGUCCUUUGUGGAGAUGCAGAGAUGCUUUGGCAAGAUUCCCCCCGGUUUCCGCCGUGCCUACAGUUCUCCACUCUAUAGCGACCAGCAGUACGCCUGCGUCAAGGACCUAGUCUCCAACCGAAAUGAUCCUGUUUUUGAGACACUUCGAACUGGAGUGAUCAUGGCAAACAAAGAGCGGAAGAAGGGACAAGCAGACAAGAAGAAUCCCCUAGCAGCUAUGAUGGAAGAGGAGCCAGAAGCCCCUAAAACUGGGAAUGGAAAACCCCAGGCUGGAAAUCCAGAGGGAGACAAGAAGACUGAUAAAAAGACAUCUGAGGACAAAAACAAGCAGCCCGGAUUCCAGCAGUCUCACUACUUUGUGGCCCUCUAUCGGUUUAAGGCUUUGGAAAAGGAUGAUCUGGACUUCCCCCCCGGAGAGAAGAUCACAGUCAUUGAUGACUCUAACGAGGAGUGGUGGCGGGGUAAAAUUGGGGAGAAGGUUGGAUUUUUUCCCCAGAACUUCAUCAUCCGAGUCAGGGCUGGUGAGCGUGUGCACCGGGUGACUAGAUCCUUUGUGGGAAACCGUGAAAUUGGGCAGAUAACCCUCAAGAAGGACCAGAUUGUGGUACAGAAAGGGGAUGAAGCUGGUGGCUAUGUCAAAGUCUACACUGGUCGAAAAGUGGGGCUAUUUCCCACUGACUUCCUGGAGGAAAUUUAGGGGUACGGGCACCCCAAUUAAUCCAGGAUCAUGUUACUCAGUGCCUACUAUGUACCAGGCACUGUGUGAUUUACAAAGACAAAAAAACAGUUCCUGCCCUCAGGGAGCUUACUUUCUGUCUAGGAGAGAACAGUCUGGCACUCCACUCUGGUCUGAAUUGUGGGGAGGGGCGACUGGGCAGCUCAGUGCCAGCUGGGGCUGUAUUCGAAGAGGGCUGGUUCCCCCUUAAACUCAUCUCCCUAGUGUGAGACUUGCAGUACUGGGCAUGCAGGGGCGCCUUUCCCCGAACAAGAAUACCGCCCCUGCUUCUUCCCUGAACACACAGAAAGUGGUUGUGGGGGAGAAGUAGGAGAGGCCUCCUUUAGGUCUGGGGAGGGGGGGCAUCGCAGGAGGCUAAGUGGUAGGCAGAGGCCUUAGCUCAUUACAGUUUUGUGGGGAAAGGGUUGGAAACAUUUGUUUCUUUAAAUUUAGGGUAUUUUUUUCUCUUUAAAAAAAAAAUCUUUGUUACAAGGCAAGACUUGCCUGAAAGGGGAAUAGGAAUUUAUUUAGAAAUGAAGUUGUAAAAAAAGACAAAACAAGGAAUACAUUAAAAACAGUUUUCAAAAAGUUGAACUGGCAGCUUAAAAAAUAAAUUUGAAAGUGAAAAAAAACCUACUGAACAGCUACUCUCUAGCUCUCUCC